AUGCAGCAGCAACUCAUGCAGCAGCAUCCGAUGAUGGCAUACGCCAACCACCCCGGAAACGUCACCACCGAUCUGAUCCAGCAGGUUCUUUCCCGUGCGCUAAUCGCCGUUUCUUCCUCUUUUCUCGUCUGCAUUCAUUUCUAUGCUCUUUGUGAUUUGCGCUAGUUAGGUUCUCUCUCUCUCUCUCUCUCUCUCUCUCUCUCUAAAGAUAUAUAUAUAUAUAUGUAUGUUGUCUGUGCCAUAUUCCAUGCUUAUGUUGUUCACACGGAGUCAUUCUUCUACUCCUACUUUUUUUUUUCGGCGUUACUAAUGAGAGGGACACAUUUUAUGGUGUUCUAUUGGGGUUUUCGACCUGUUCACAGUUUUGCUUACGCAGCAAAGAUGAUGACGAUUUUUUGUCUUUCUUUUGCUUUUAGUCGUGAAUUUUGGCUUUUUGAUCCGGUGCCCCGCCUCCUCCCCUCCAACAUUAUUGUACCGUUCUUUACUGUGUCUCUUUAUAUUUCGUUUUCUGCAGAACAUCCUUUUCCAGUAUCUUUAUAUUUCAUUUCACUUUCUUUAGACCAGGAGGUAAGAUUAUGUUUUUUCUCUCUGGCUGGGAAUAUUUUCCGUUUCCAGGAUCUUUUCCUCGGCAUCUGUUGAUGAUUUGAGGAAGGGUCUUUCUCCUGGAUAAUGAUGAAGCUAGUUGUGCGCUCUUACGUCUAUUCUAUUCGUUUUUGCUGUUGUCCGCUUCUUCAGUGUUUGGCGUAUUCUUUCGUCUGUUUGAAGGUUAUUGGUCGAAAAAGUUUACUAUCUCAAUGUCUCUGUACAUAUUCAGUCUAAUGCUCAUUGAUCUUUAAUAUCUCAGAUUGAAGAAUCACGUAUAAUCCAUUGAUGUCUUCUCGCUUGUUUUUUCCUUUUUUUAGCUUCCUGAAUUCCUGUGGAGACCUCUUUCUGUUGUGCUUCAUUGACGUGUAGCAUGGGAGUCGUAUCAUCUUCAGAUGGAUUUAUCAGUAAUCUUCGCUAUAACAUUUCUAUGCUGAAUAGGGGAGUAGUGUGUUACGUAAGAUAAAUAGAUAUUUAGGUCAUCUGUACGGAGCAUGAUUCCGGGAUUCUAGUGCUUCUCCUUUAAUGUUCCAGAUUUGUGCUCAUCAUUGGUUCAGAUUCUUGGAUGCUGCCCAUGUUACGUGUUCGAAUGAUGGCGCUAGUCUCUACAGGGCGUUUGAAAUAGGUAUCUCGCUGGACUAUUGAUGUGCCCUCUCAGAAGCCCACCUUAAUGGCUCCGGAUUUGAUAUUUCACUCUCUUCAGCAGCAAAGGUCCUGAUGACAAUAUGUGCAUUCUGAGAAAAUGUGAGGUGAUCUUGGACGAAGUUUGUGAUGGCCGAGAAGCCAUUCAGCCUAUCCUUAGUUUUGUAGGAGGGGAGCCUCUUUGUUAAUGAAGAUAUUAGCAGAGUAUGUUGAGAUCACAGAACUAAAUCUCUGGUGUCCUUCGGAGACGAAUGGAAAAAUCAGAUUUUCUGGAGUGGGAAAUGAUCCUGUACGGGUCUUGUUCUAGAUCUUCCUCAUUCCUAGCUAGGUGCGAGAUGAAGAACCACUUUCUCUGUGGUCCCUGUUCAGAAGAGGGGCUUUAUAUAUCCUCAAAAAGCCAGAGGGCAUGGGGUUGGAUCUUGUGGAACCAGUACAUCAAGCUAAAAGCGAGAUAAUCUGUAUAAAAAUAAGUGAAUCUCGUAAAAAAAACUUCAUGAAAUUCAUUACGAUUGGGGUGAAACGCUCAAAAACUAUUUUCAUUAAAAAGCAGAUCAAAAAUAGGUUUUAAGUGCGUGAUAGUUGAGAGAUUAUUUACCAAUAAGAUUGAGGUGGAAUUAUAAAAUCUAGAUAACAACUAAUGAAUUGAGAUGAAAAAGCUUCAAUAACCUAAUGCUGAGGUGGAACGUCUACAAAUAAGAUCAGAAGAAAUAUCUUCAUGCGUACAUCUGAAUCUAAGAAAUAUGGACCAAAGAUUGGGGAGUAAGUUACCUUCUCUUGAAGUAAUGAACCCAGUCGAGUUGAGAGGUAUUAAGGGUGCGAAAUCUAGCUGGUCCCACGUUUGAAACCUAUAUCUUGCAUGAGAAGGGAAAGGAGUCAUGCUCGUGCAGUUUUUGAUUUUUUCCGUGCAGAAUCUUCUUAUGUUGACACCUGAUAUGGCAACAGGCCUGCAUGGGAAUAGGCGGAUUCUUUUAAACAUGGAAGGUCCUCUCAAGAGACGACUUUACACAUGAAUGAUUGGGGUGUGGUCGUGUGGGGGUCUUUGCCCUUGGGCCAAAAAGUUAUGCAAAAUCAUUUGAGGUUCUGCAUGGAAAAAUUGUGUUGUCAAUGGGGGUUGGUUGUGGACGAUCUUGGUUGUCAUGUGACAGAUGGAGAUCCAACCAAGCUCUUGUUAGAAGAGAAUCUUCACAUAAUGCUAAUGGUAGAGGGAGCAGAUGAUGAUUUGGCUUCUCGCAUUUAUCUAUCCUCAAGGUCGUUGUCCAAUUUCUGUUCUCUGCCUUUCAUGAGUUGAUAAUGAAAUUCCGUUGCUUCUGUCAAGUCCUCUGGGUUGUAAAUGAAAAACAGAUAAAUAUAUUAGAAUUGUAAAUGACAACGUAAAAGUAGGUCAAGAACUAAUAGGAAAAGAAAAUAGAUCCGUAAGUGAAAAUCCUGAGAAAAAAUGGAGCUUAAAAGAAGUUAGGCGGUGUUCUUCUUUGAGCCAUAUUACUUCAGAAUGGUUAUUGUCAAAGAUGAUGUUCUAUAGCUUUGAUGAAACAACUCUAGUCCUUUGUUUCCCUACCAAUGGAUCAGUAGUCAUUGGUAUUGGACUAGGUGUCUGAAUCUUCCCAUUGAACCUACCCUUGAUGGGGAGAUAGCAUGUCAGUCCGGGUCAUGCUAGAGAAAGCUAUUAUGGUCAUCCAUCAGCCCAAGUUUUGGAAAAAGAUUCUAACGAAAUGCAAUGGCUUAUCAAUUUUCAUGGUCCUAGCUGGGCAUGGAGUACCAGCAGAGCGAGUGAACUGUAAUCCUUAUAAGUGGUGCUGAAGUAAAAUUUUUGUGUGCAAAAAUCAAUCAUAAAAGACAGUCUAUUCAGAGUCUUCCUCUAGGUGUUUCACUAGGUCAUGGAACAUUGUCAGAGCUUGGAGAUGUAUUGUUGAUGUGCAUGAUAGUCUUUGGCCAUUUCAGACACCUUUUCUUCUUUUACUUGAAAUUCAAGUGAAGAAAUUGGUCAAAAGUUUCCAUCCUCGUGUGCUUUGCGUUCAAUCCUCAAAUUAAUCGUUGAUACUUCUCCUCAAGCCAGUAGUUUUUUUUAUUUUGGAUGUUUCACUCGUUAUUUCUGGAGAGGUUAUCAUUGCAAAUCCAUGAGUGCUGACGCAGAUGUUAACACUUUGAUAGUUUUGGUGUUGGCUUGGUUCUCCUUGGUGGCAACACUUGUGGACAUUGUUCUCUUUUUACCAUCAGAUGUCAAUACUUAUCUCAGAAGUGUUAACGUUUGACAGGUGUCAAUUCUUUACAGCUUAUGUAUUGACGCUCGAGAUGAUAUUAUUGUACACCAAUAGUUAUUGACACUAGAUGUAAUAGGUAGCGACACUCUUUGGUUAGGAGUUGACAUUUUGCUUGUUUCAGAUUGCAGGCAUUAAUAUGAUCCAUUUUUGCAGAUCCAAUGUAUAUGCAUCUAAAUUCGAUGGUUAGAACAUUAAGUUAGUACCUUGCUGAGGACAGGUCUUUCUCGUCAGUAUGCCACUGUCAUCUUUCACUUCCCCUCAAGCUAAGAACCUCCUCUAUAUUCACAACUCAAACUAAUUUCGACUCUAAACUGCAGCUUAAGAAAGUUCUUGUUGUAAUGGCUUAAGAAAGGGCUGGGAGAGUCUUAGAAGAAAUAGUUUGGCAUUCCUUAGUUUGAUUGGUAUACUUCGAUUUAUCAGAGUUACCGCCUGUGAGAGAUAUCUAGCAUAUCCUUGACCUUUCCCGAAGGAAUUCGAGGCCUUUCCUUGCCCUAUUAUCACAUACCCUUUUAGUGGACGCACUAAGAUGGGGAUAUAGGCGGUAUAAUGAUUGUGAAACUGAUUUGUGAUAUGCCCUUAUUCUUUCUCUUGUACCGAUUACCCAUUGAAAUGAUGGUUCUACCACCCUUGGUAUCCCUUAGAAGUGGCAGCAAUUGAAGAAGGUUUGCUGAAAGUCAAUCAACCAUUGAGGUGGUAAUCAAGUACUUGUGGCCAAUAAUAGAACUUAUAUGAUUAAAUGGCCUGGGUAAGAGGAGCCAACUGUUAAUAUAAAGAAGUGUGCUUACUUGCCGUCAAAUUAUUUUUCUUGGGUUUAUAGUGUUCAAGCAUUUUUAUUCAAACUAAGGUUGGAGGUACCUAUUGCUGAAUUAUUCGGGGAGAUUGCACCAUCACAAAUUGUAUAGUGGAAAUGAAUGUUUGUGUGACAAUAAAUGACUCCUAGACCCUUGUAAAGGAUAAAAAAUUAUGUUAGAAGCCCAAUCUUGUCUUCAGAAUUUUUGAAAGGUGCUUGAAGUCUCUCGUGAUGCUUCCAUAAAAAAUUGAUGUGGCUGCGGCUUUACUAUUGAAAAAUAAAAUAUAGAUUUUUUUACUGUUAUUUUGGUAUAGCAGAUUAUAAUUGCCUACGUUUGUGAGGAAUUAAUCUUUUCAAUAACUUUUUGACUAUAGCUGGCAUGGAAAGGGAAUUACUCUUGGAUGGGCAGAACAGUCCUUUCCCUCAUGGCUAUGAAAAUGACUUCCAUUGAGCUGUAUGUCUUCCACUUAGGAGAAAGGACCUCAAUUAUCGGGUUUUAGGUCUAUAUCCAAUGUAGAAUUAUAUCCCUAAAUGUUACUUCUUUUUCGGGGAUAACCAGCUCGUUUUGUAGCCCUUGUCUCAAUCGACUAGGGAAGGAGAGCAAAAAGUAGCUAGCCACUUUUGCCUUUUCUCAACCCUCUAUUCUGGCCAGAGAUGGCGGGACACCAUUUCCUUGCUUGUGAGGCGAGUUCCAUUUCUCUCCCGUCAGGAAGCUGUCUUCCUUUAUUGAUUUUUGUAGGCUCUGCAUUAACUUCCCCCCGCGCAUGAUAUUUUGCUGGGAGUAUUUCUGCUGUGCUUUCGUCCAGAAGUCACUAGAGCGCUGCAGCCUCUCUCUUCUUGCUUCAACAGCUACUCCCUGUCUACGUCAUUGUGUGUACUCCUCUUGAUUUCUUCUAUUGGAAGACAUCGGCAUCGUUCUCUAUAGCUGCAGGUGAUGGGCUGCUCUAUCUUAUUGUCAUUUUCAGAAGUCAUGAUUAUCUGUCUCCUGUUAAUGGCUUCCUCACCUUUACUGAGGGCAUUACUGGUGCUGGGAACACCACCUCUAGUGACUCAAUGCUCCAAAAGGGUUUCCUAAGGUUUCCCUUUGUGUCAGUUGCAACUGCAACUGGAUGCCGGUGUACAUUGCCUCUCUUUGCAUGGUUUUUUCCCCUUUCCCAUACGCAUUUGAGGACAUGCUCUGUUUUUUUUUUUUCCAACCCAUUUUUGUUUGGAAAAUCUUCCCAGGAUUCUGUUACACCGCACUUUUUUUAUUCUUUUGUGUUUGCCAGUAACCAAUGUGAUCUGAAAUAAUGAACGCAACUUCCUUCUGUUUUCUGCUAAUUUUUGGCAGUACCUGGAUGAGAACAAGCAACUGAUCUUGGCAAUUCUUGACAACCAAAAUUCUGGCAAACUUGAUGAGUGUGCCGUGUGAGUAUCUCCUAAUUUUGGUGUGAAUGGUUCAAAUUUUGUCUGCAAGUCUCACUCUGUCAGUGUUUGAACGCUAAUAUAUGAUAUUAUUAUUGUUAAAUUCCUGCAUGAAUUAUAAUUCCUCUUUUGAUUUAUCCUCUUCUCGAUAGUUACAAUAGUAACAGCCUGCCAUGUACUGGCUUAAUUUGUUGCAUAUUUGUUUAUUGAGAUGAAUGAAAAUUGGAAGAGCGUUUACUCUUAAGAUGAACAGGACAACAAGAUAACAGACUGGAAGGUCAUAAGGGUUACUGCGUUAUGCUGUCUACAUGUGCUUGGCUCUAAAAAUUACAUGAUGAAGAUACCUCUUUUUAACAUUAUGUUCGCAAAAAUUAACAUUAUGUUGUUGAGAUGGAAACAGGCCAGACUAUUGCUUGCUUCUGAAGUUAGUUUUCAUCUAUGAUAAACACCCCUCCAAAGAAAAAUUGUUAGAGUAGAAAAAGAAGAGUGAGUGAUUUAAUUGAUGAUUAAAGGAUGAUAAGUAUUUGGACUUUCCAUUUGAAUGGGAAAAUCAUUUCUUUUGGAAGAAAAGUCACUGGGCACUGGAGCCGUCCAUUUUGUUUCUGUUAGGAUGUUAAACUGGCAAUUAUUCUGAGGAAUGAUGAAGAGGGCGGUUCAAUGAUUUUCGAAGCCUUCUGUCUUUAGUUUAGUCUAUGCCAUCUUAGUUUAGAUUUUCUGCUGAUGUAAAGAAUUUUUUUUCUAGAGUUGAUUUUAUGCAUACGUUAUGCCUUUAAAUGCCUUUUAGUGUAACUGCAACAGGAAAGGAAAGUGGGAUAUUAAUGAGAUUUCAUGGUCUUUUCCUAUCUAGGAUCCAGAGAAUUAAACAUCUCUCUUUUGUUACUAUCAUCUUUGCACUCUCUUUCCUAAUGGUCUGUAAUACUUCUUAGUACAUGCUAAUCAUGUUUGUUUUGGCUCCUUCUUAUUUUUGGAUUAAUGAUUCAUCAAUUUUAUUAUUGUAUUCACGUGUAAGUUUUUACCAAUAAUUAAAUGGUGAAAUGGAGUCUUCUUGUUCAUAUAUGUAGAAUUUUGGAGGUAGAGGAGAUGAAUGGAGUAAGACGGAAACCAUUUGUGCAGUUCCUUCCCCUUAACAUGGAUUUUACGAACUAUGGAAAAAAUCUGUCUGCGCUAAGGCCACUGUAUUGUAGUUGUAAGGCCCUAAAGCCUUAUAACUAUUUUUGUUGUAUCAGUUAAAUUUGGAUAUUUGUUAACUCGUUAUUAGAUUCAUGUAAAAUCUGUAAUAUAAUAUCCAAGAGCCCCUAAGUCUCUUAACAAAACAAGGAAACGGAACACUUCUUCUAGUGUCCCGAAACUUAAUUGAAAUUGUAUUUCUAUGAAUUCAUUUUUGUCUUGAUAUUUGUCAUGGGUUGCGAUUGUCUUAUCCAAGAUAUUUGAAUGUUUUGAUUUUUACUCCAUGGCCAAUGUCAAAGUCUUACAGGGCAUUAGGGUUAGGACUUUUCGGGAUAAGGCUGAACUGUGUUUUUAUCCCCAGUUAUGUCCAACUGUAAAAAUUCCCAGUUCGUAUUGAAGGUCUCACGGUAACAGAAAUACUGCUCCAUUAUAAAUUGGUUAAAACUAUUUAUCUCCUUUUUGAGUAUGCUUCAGAGAAAUUACCUUCUAUCAUUGAUCUGAGAGUUAGAAGGGAGAUGCUUCAUGCUUACAUUCUUGCUCUUUAGACAAUGGAGCAUUUAAGAUCCAAGUAAAAUGUUCUCACACAGCUUGAUGACAUAAACUCUUGCAUGGUUCUGCAUUUCCUCCAUUUGUUUGACAAUGUGAUGUCUCAUGUUUUCCUAAUCAUCCUCGCCUUUUAUGAUUCUACCUCAUGAAAUUUUCCCCAAGAAAAAGAAUUUGUAGAAAUUUAACACAUCGUUUUGUAGUUGAAGAUUCAUGAAAGACAGUGGAAUAUGGAUUUGUUCCCUUUUUUUCUUUCUAAUAUCCAAAUUGGAUCCUGUAUGAUAUUGCAGGAAUCAAGCAAAGCUUCAAAGAAAUCUCAUGUACCUUGCUGCUAUCGCAGAUUCUCAGCCUCAGAUGCCAACAAUUGCACAGGUACUAAUCUUUAUCUACCGAUUCUUGCCCUUUUCGUCAUAAUGGUUGAUGACGUGAUAUGCUAUGGACACGCAAUGAUGUUUUCAGUUUUCAGAUUCAUAACGCUUAAAAUGUAUCUUUUACCAUAGGAAAAAUCUUAUAACGCUUAAGAUGAGCUUGAGGGUAUGUAUACCUCUCUUUUGGUGAUGCUGUACAGAUGUCAAAUACAAUAGCCUACAGAAGGGCUAAAUGACAAAAAGACGUAGCUGGGAAGGUUGUACUAGGAUUUUACUUUCUUCUUUGAACACCCAUUUUGAAACUCAUAGGUGAUCAUAUACAUAGAGUUUAUGAGCAAGAAAAGCUAGAAAAGCUUUCUAAAGUGCAGUCAUGUCUGGGGUUUUGAUAAGUCAGGAAGCUGCAUGCCUGCAGAAAGAUAUGAGGAAGAGGUAACGCUUGAACAGUACUAUUGUCAGAUAGAAUGACAAUCAAUUUAGAUGUUUUUCUGCUAAUCGAAUAUGAGAUUUUUGACGUUUUGAAGUACAUGCCGAGUAUCCCUAUAUUGUGGAGUUGAUGCUGAAGGGUGUACACUGAGGUCUUGAAGUAGACUGGUGUUUAUCUGUCUCAGUAGAUGCAUCAGACGUAGAACGCUUCUUUCCACCUUAGUGUUGGAGUGAGAGAUACCUGCGUGUUUCUUGCUCCUUUAACAGAUAGAAGAGUAGUCAAGAGGGAUAAAAAGCUCAUGGUGGAACAAUGGUUGGGAUGGGUGAUCAGCAGCCCAGUUAGUAUCAAUAUAAGCACAAACCUCCCAAGGUGCAGUGAAUUAUAAAAACAAAGAACAAUGAAGGGUGCCAUCCAAUUAUUGAAGAACUCAAAUCAUGGUCACAAACGGACUGAAGUAUGUUUUCCGGAAAAUGGACUAAAGAUAUGCACAACCUGGUUGAUUUCUGGACAAUUGAUUUUGAAAGUACUCAAGAGCACCAACGUGCUAACAAUAGGGAUUUGAUUCUACGAGGUGCACCAACAAAAGAGCAAAGCUUAUGUUGUAGGUCCAUUAGAGUGUCAAUUGUGUGAGAACAUGACCAGUGCCGGGCAGAAUGUCAGUGAUAUACUUCUGCGCAGAUAAUAGGUUACUCAAGUAGAACAAGUGGCCUCGAGAUAAAAGAACUGGUGUACCGUUGAGAAAUAUUAAUUGACAUAUCUGCUAAACCGGAGAAGGAAGAUCAGCCUGUUGGGUUGUCAAUCAUCGUACAUUAGUACAAGUGGUAGAUCUUUCUGGGGCCUAUCUUAAGUUGAACUAAAAGUGAUGGGCUUAAAGAUUACAACAGUGGCAAAAGAGUUAAACUGCAAAGAAGCGGGAAGCCAUGUCUCAUCAAAAUUAUUGUCAAAACAGCGGUUUCCAUAGUAGGCAGAGGAGAACAAAGACGUUGUUGAGGGUCAUCAGAAACUGAUAAAGCAUUUGACUAUUGUGUUGUCUAUGAUAAAAAAGAGUAAUCUCACCCACAGCAUGCAUAGAAUCAACCUUAGUCCAUAAAUAUAUAUAGCAGUGCUGAAUGAACUCCUAACAAAGGCAAUUGAGCCAAGAGGUAUGCAGAUGCUUGAAGUGGAGUAUCAAUGGAACCACAACUUUGUGUUUCUCAUGGCAGCGUGUAGAGUUGCAGCCUAGAAGGUAUAGUUAUUGAGUUUCUGGCAGGCUGAAUAGCCAUCUUAGGAAUAUUGAGCAUGUCAACAUUGUAGAGGCAGAAAAAUACCUCAAAAACAAUGCUGUAUGGUGAAAAAUAGAUUGAACAAAUGCGAUUGGAGCAGCAGAAAUUUCCCAUGGACAAACAAGAAGUCUGUGGAAAUGUUGAGCCAUAUGGACGUCAAUGAAACUUGGUUCCAAUUGCUGGAAUUCUAGUCCUUGCCAAGCUGGAACUGGGGGGUAUAUCAAUUGGGUAUCACAGCAGACUUCAUUGGAACAAUUACUUGAUUCAUGGCGCUGAUAUUUAGUAAAAUUUGAAUAUAAGUUACUUAUUUAGUAAAGCUUGACACAUGCAGUGAAUUUGCAGUGCAAAUUUGAGACAGACUAGUUUGCAAUGAGGCACUUGUGCUUUGUUUAUUCAUCGCUUACUUGGUCAGGCGUGUGAAAGAGCGACUUUUGGAGACCUCUUUAUUCGGGAUGAUGCCAGAAAAGGACAAUGCUUUUUUGAUUUCAUGUUCAAUUAUGAAUUUUGAAGUCUGAUCGGCUACGGCUCAAACUAGGACUACGAACCACAUCUCAGCGUUUGGUCACAUCUUUUUCGGAUUAGAUUUCCUAAGAAGUAAAAAGAAUGCUGCUUUUGAGUUUUUUAAUGCAGCCUAUCAGUAAGUUGCUUUGGCCAAAUUAAGUUUAAUAUAAUCUUAUUUGUAGUUGUGCCUUAGUCUUCUUACGAUAUAUAUUUAUUUAUUUUUACCGUAUUUUCUGCUCAACAAGUGAGCGUGCAGCUGUAACUAAAAUCGUGGAGAUUUCGUUGUGACAUGUGAGCCUGGGGGCACAUAUGGCUGCCUAGACUUCGGUUCUGCAUGCAGCACCAAAGUAAUAGAAGAAGAAAUGUGUGCUGAUUAAUAAGAAAGACCUCAAUGUAUAAUCCACGACUGUUCUAGUGUUAUUUGUUAGCACCCUGGGCAGAUUCCUCCUCGAUAUCUUAGCGCAAAGUCAAGGCUUCUGAGGUGUAGAAUGGGCUUCUGAAACUAACUAACAUUGGGGAGAUUUGGUUGAGAUAUGUGACCCUGGGGACAGCCAAGAUUUCGAUUCUGACUGCAGAACCCAAGCAAUUGAAGAAGAAUUGUGUGCAAAUCAACAAGUAAAACCUCAAUGUAAAAUCCAGGACUAUUCUAGUGAUAUUUGUUAGCAACCUGGGCAAAUUCCUCCUCGAUAUCUUAGCGCAAAGUCAAGGCUUCUGAGGUGUAGAAUGGGCUGAGUUCAUGAAAAAUCAGUAUAAAAGUAAAGAAGAAAUGGGGAAAAGUGAAGGUAGGAUUUACAGGAUAAAGAUGAUCCUGCUUUAGUCAUCUUAAGGACGCAUAAUCUCCUUCAACGUUGUUGUAGAAAGCCAUGGAUCCCCUAACCGUGAAAGCAACCUGGAACCCACCCUCCUAGCUGCUCGAGCUCAGGGGCCAUCUUGGCUUUUGAUACCCACACAUCGAUUUAAUGGGCCGUAGUUUUUGACGUUAGAGAAUGCGAGGGCCAGUUAAUUGAGUUGAGUCCUGGCAGUUCUCACUCCAACUGUGAAAUCUUACUUUUCAUAUCACUUCCCGCAUUUCAAUUCAUAUUUCAUAUGAGACGGAAUCCUUCUUGUUAAAACAGUGAUCUUCUUUAUGAAUAGCAGAAAUUCUGCUUUGUUUCAAAUCAUAUUUCACAUGUGAGACGAAAUCCUCCCUGACCAUGUGUAAGAGCAGUGAUCGAUCGUCCUCGUCCGUAUGAACAUCAAAACUAUGGUUAGUCUCUCACAUGUUCUCGUCGUCGACACCGUCUUUGCAGCAGUUCCCACCCAAUACUCUCACGCAGCCAGGUUCUCGCUACAUGCAGCAGCAGCAAGCCCAGCAGAUGACGACACCGCAGUCUCUCAUGGUCUCCCGCUCUCCGAUGCUCUAUGCCCAGUCGUCCAUCCCAACCUUGCAGCAGCAGCAGCAGCAGCAGCAGCAGGAUCUCCACAGCCAGCUCGGCAUUGCGGGAGGCGGUGAGCUCCACAUGCUUCCUGGCCAUGGCGGUCUUGGCGGUGGAGUAUUCCCCGACUUUGGCCGAAACAGCGGCACCGGCAAGCAGGAGAUGGGCGCCGCCGCCGGACCAUCGGAAGGGAGGGGUGGUAGCUCAGGGGUGCCCGGCGGUGAUGGGACUGAGCCCCUGUACUUGAAGAACACUUCAGAGGAAGCCAAGUGA